AAAAAAAAAAAAAAUCCACACACACUACAACCAGACAGGUGUAUCCCUUAAUCCUUUAUACCAUGCGGCGGCUUUGGCAUAGUGUGAACACUGUGUCGAACACGGCAAAAUGUAUAUUAUGUCGCAACCUGGAAACACAAGAUGGACGAUUGACAAGGAUUGAUACCUGGCGACCUAUUUUGUUGAUCCCGUUGAAGUUCUCUCAUUCCAGUGCUGCAUUAGCAAUCAACGAUGACCCUACAGACGGACGCGAAAAACGACGGAAACCUGUGCUCUUAGACUGUCUCAACGACGACCUUAUGCAUCCUCGUUCGGUUCCCGUCAACUUGGAGUCCCGGAAAUCUAAAGCAGCACUGCUUUCUGAAUUUUACCGUGUAAUGGCCACUCAAGAUAUCGAACGCAUCUGGCCACUGUACAGUCACCUGUUUCAUAACAACUAUCACCUUCACCUUUCACAGCGUACUUACCGUCAUUUAUUCCUGUACACCAUACGAGCACGAGCGACGCGAAAAAAUGUGCAUCGACUGAACGCUCUUGUGGAAGACAUGAAGAUGCGGCGUUUCCCGCUCCAGGCCGAUCAAUACAAUGCUCUGAUACACUGGGUAGGCGGGCGAGAUGUACCUGUAAAACGCCCGCAUCAUCUGACCCAGGCGCUGGCGCUUUUGGAUGAGAUGGUGGCCUGCAAUAUCGAGCCAGACGUUAUUACAUACAAUACGCUUAUUCACAUUGCGUCGCAUCUAUCCGAUAUACGAACCGCGCAACGAUUAUACCAUGACAUGAUAGCACGAGGUCUUCGACCCGAUAAAUAUACGUAUUCAACGCUCAUCAGUGGAAUGGGACGGAUGGGGGAUCGGGAUGGAAUCGAAACGAUGGUGGCCCAUUUGCGCGAUACUCAAACGUCAGAGAUCAGUAACGACACCGUUGUGUGGAAUGCCAUUAUGACGAGUUAUGCCCAAGUGGGCACGUACGAAAAAGCACUCUACAUGUUUGAUGCGAUGCAAAAGACGCUCAGCAGCAGCAAUAGCAAUAGCAAAGAUACUGUCACCAAGGCCCCGUCACCGGAUGCAGAUAGCUUCAGGAUCUACAUUGAUAUCAUGCUGAAUCAUCGUCGUCUUGACAAAGCACUGGAAGCCUUGCGUCAAAUGGACGAACUCAGGAUUACGCCCAUUGUCACCACGUACAAUGCAUUCUUUGCUUAUUUCAUGCGACCUUCCGCGAUCGAUGGCGACUCGGAUGUCAAUGACGACCACAGUCACCACGCAGCGGUUUCGAAUACGGACAUCGUCAAACAACUGUACGAUGCUAUGCAACAGAAGAAAGUUAUGCCUAAUUCGGAAACCUUGUAUACCCUUGUAUCAGCAUUACUUGAUCUGGGCGAUACCCAGUCAGCGCUUGAAACUUACCUUCGGAUUUCGGAUAAUACGGCCAAACGGCGGAAGAAGACACCUUUGACGUCGUCGAUCGCGGUAUUGGCCAAAGAGCGGUUGACUUUAUCCCGUAGUCGACCGACGAAAACCGAGCCGAAUCAGGAGUUGCUGGAUCGUCUCAACCACAUUCUUCAGACCACUGUAAAAUAGAGUAUAUCAUCUGAAAGAGAAACACGCAUGUUGUAAUUAAAAGAAAACCCACUAUUCAUGAUUCUUUCAAUCAU